AUGAGCGACCCGGAGAGAGAUCACGCGCUGGAGGAGUACAAGACGAAGCUGCUAGACUCAAGAGAAUGGGAGGCAAAGCUGAAGGAUCUGCGGCUACAGAUCAAGGAGCUACAGCGUGACUUUGACAUAUCCGAGGACAACAUCAAGGCGCUGCAGAGUGUGGGUCAGAUCAUUGGGGAGGUGCUCAAACAACUGGAUGAAGAGCGAUUCAUCGUCAAGGCCUCAUCAGGUCCUCGAUAUGUUGUGGGCUGCCGGUCAAAGGUCGAGAAAGCGAAGCUGAAGCAAGGCACACGUGUGGCGCUGGAUAUGACCACGCUCACGAUCAUGCGCAUGCUUCCUCGCGAGGUCGACCCUCUCGUCUACAACAUGUCACUCGAAGAUCCUGGACAGGUUUCAUUCGCUGGUAUCGGCGGUCUGAACGAUCAGAUAAGAGAGCUGAGAGAAGUCAUCGAGCUGCCACUCAAGAAUCCCGAGCUGUUCUUGCGGGUGGGUAUCAAGCCGCCAAAGGGUGUUCUACUCUACGGUCCACCAGGUACUGGCAAGACGCUUCUUGCAAGAGCUGUCGCAAGUUCCCUGGAGACCAACUUCCUCAAAGUUGUCUCAUCUGCCAUCGUCGACAAGUACAUCGGAGAAUCUGCCCGUCUGAUCCGUGAAAUGUUCGGCUACGCAAAGGAACACGAGCCCUGUAUCAUCUUCAUGGACGAAAUCGAUGCCAUCGGUGGACGACGAUUCUCCGAGGGCACUAGCGCUGAUCGUGAGAUUCAACGUACUCUCAUGGAACUCCUGAACCAGCUUGAUGGUUUCGACUACCUUGGCAAGACCAAGAUCAUCAUGGCCACCAACCGACCCGAUACCCUCGAUCCUGCCCUCCUACGAGCUGGUCGACUCGACCGAAAGAUCGAGAUCCCGCUACCGAACGAGGCCGGCCGAUUGGAGGUUCUGAAGAUCCACGCUGAGAGCGUGCAGAAAGAGGGAGAAAUCGACUUCGAGAGUGUCGUGAAGAUGAGCGAUGGUCUAAACGGCGCAGAUUUGAGGAACGUGGUCACAGAAGCAGGGCUAUUUGCCAUCAAGGACUACCGGGAGUCCGUCAGCCAGGACGAUUUCAACAAGGCUGUACGCAAAGUCGCGGAGAGCAAGAAACUCGAGGGAAAACUUGAAUAUAAACAGCUCUAG